GUAUAGUUACACCACUAAUCUGUCACUGUCAGCUGACGUUUCCGUUGGAAAAACUACAUAGGUUUUUCAUCUACCAAAAAAUUUGAAUUUUUUAUCAGUUUUGAGUUUGGGCUCAGGUGUAAUAUUAGUUGGUAGUAGUUCAGCAGUUUUUUCGAAAAUACCUUGGAUCAAAAUGAGUUUUGUAGCAGCAAUUUUAUCUACUGCCGGGGAAAUUGGAAUAGAGGAGGUCAAUAAAGCAGUUCCAUACCUCAAAUCGUCGAUUGAAAACUUGAAACAUGAUGCUGUUGAAUACACUAAGGAGGUCUAUGUGAAAUAUAAAGAAAGACCUAAUAAUUAUAAAAUGCUUUUGAAUAGAGCGCAAACGCUUCAAGAAAAAAUGGUGGAUCUGAAAAAAAAGGCUGAAUUAGCUACAAAGACCGAACUUGUUCAGGCAAAUGAGAAGUUAGAGCAUAACAUUGAAUCCUUGCAUGCAGUCAACAUAACUUUAUCAUUUGUUAGUGACAUACUUCGAGUUAUUAAGAAAUUAGAACAAUUCGCAGAUUUGCUAAAUGAUAAAGAUUAUAUGGGGGCCAUGAAGUUAAUAUGUGAAUUAGAUAAUAUAUUGCUUGAACUCACUUCAAGUGAGCAAAGUUAUCCUGAAGUGCUAAGUAAACUGAAAGAUGUAGUUAACUCUAAGAAAACUGAUUUACAAGAAGAAUUAACAGAAAUAUUCUGCAAAGCUAUUCACAUUGAAAAUGUAGGAGAUAAAACUACAUUCUCCAUUUCAAGCGAUCUUGUACACAUUCAAAAUGUUCUCCAGGCAUUAUUUUAUGCAGAUUCGGCAGCUUAUGUGUUGCAUAAUAUUAGCAAAUUAUUAUGGGACUUAUUUUUAGUGCCUAUUGUUGACAACAAAGUCCAAUUAGAAACAGAGGAAAAUGCUCUAAGCAAUACCAUAAUUAUAAAGGUUACUGAUGAGGCAAAGUCACCGGAAUAUACUGAAGUAUUUUCUAAUUUAGAAUAUCUCGUAAAAUUCUUAAAAGCUAAUUUUACAUUGCUGCUCAAUGACCAACUGAGUGCCAUUGAGUAUAUUGGUGUAGAUAUCAGGGAUAAUUUGUCUGAACUUUUAAUAAAGCAUUGCCUUGAUAAUACAAUACCAACUACAACUGCCGACUUACAGAAUUUCAACACAGUCAUAGAUGCCACCAGAAACCUGGAAGAUCUUCUGGAAGAAACAAAGAUUUUCGCGGAUGAUACAAAUUCUAUUGUCGAAUAUGUUCGCCAGGUUGAUAAACUCUUCAUAGACAAGAAGUGUGAGAAAUAUGAUGCCUCUGCAUGUCAAAUCAUCAAGAAAGACUUGUACGAAAUGACAGAAGUAGACAUGAUUUUUAAUCCGGACGGAUUUCUUAGUACCGAUAAGAAUUCUUCGACGUGUUUCGUAUCCAAAAGUACCCUGGAUCUCUUGGAGUUGCUUGAAAAGAUAAUGCAGCAAGCUGUCGGAGCAUCAGAAGUCUGUGCAUCUAAAUUGGUUUUAACAGCACAAAAUAUAAUAAGAUUGUAUAUAGCUAGAGUCCCAGAGUAUCAUCAGAAACUUCUUCAAACUAUUCCGCAACAGGUCGCCCUUUUUCAUAAUAACUGUUACUAUCUGAGCUAUAAGCUCAGUGAUUGGACUACAGAAUAUCAAGAUUUACCAAAAGCAGGUGGUUUUGUGAACCAAGCACAAGUGCUGAAGGUUGUAGCCUCCAAAAUAUUUGCUGACUAUGUUAAAACUCAAAUUGAGCAAAUAGAAGAGAUUAUGAAGGAAUCAAAACUAACAGGUCCUACAUUAGAUUCUUUGCAACCAGCAACAGAAAAAUGCGUUAGACAAUGUCUGCGUCAGCAUGAACUGCUCAAAACUGUGUGGAUCAAAGUCCUUCCUUAUUCUAUUUACAAUCAGACCAUCGGGAAAAUACUAGAUACGCUAUGUUGUAAUAUCAUAAACAGCAUCGUACAGUUAGAAGAUAUAUCCUCAGAUGCAGCAAAUCAGAUGGUGGAUUUGAUGAAUGUUAUCAUCGGCAGAGGAUCUAAUCUCUUCACAGAUCCAAAGGAAGUGAACCUUUAUGUAAAGUCAUGGUACAAACUGAAUGAGCUGAACUUUGUAUUGGGUGCCAGUUUGUUGGAUAUAAACGAUCAUUGGUCGGACGGUAAAGGACCAUUGGCACUGCAUUUCGAGUGUGCAGAAUUAAAAUCGUUGAUUAGAGCACUGUUCCAGAACACAGACAGAAGAGCCGCACUAUUAUCUAAGAUACAAGAGUUUUAGUUGUUACUUUUACCAUACAUUAUCCUUACUUCCAUUUCAAAUGUGACUAUUUACAAUUAAAUUAUUCUUUAUUA